AUGAGGCCAUCGGUCCGGCAGCAGCAGCAGCAACAACAAAGCUGCAGGCACGCCCCCCGUGUGUCCUAUAGAGACACCGUUAACCGCGGCAGCAGCAGCAACCCCAGCAGCAGCGACCACAACAACAACAACAACAGCAACAACAACAACCCGAGCAGCAGCAGCAGUAGCAAUGACGACAGCAUCCCCAGCAGCAGCCCCAGCAGCAGGAGCAACAUGGGUGAGAUACUGGUGUUGCACAAGUUCUCAAGAGGAGAGCUGCGGAGACACGAGACGCUGCAAGGUGUUGUGCUGCAGCAGCUAUCUUCGGGUGUACAGGCAGCCGCUGCUGCCUUUGUGCUGCCAUGCCCAUAUAGGCUGCGUCGGCAGCUGCAGCACGUUGCUGCAGCCCUGCAACUGCAGCUGCAGCUGCAGGAGCAGCAGGAGAAGCAGGAGGAGGAGGCGCAGGAUAUGGAGCAAAGUGAAACUGAUAGCGUGAUAUACAAUGCAGUAGCAACAACAGAGGCAACAGCAGCAACAGCGGCAACAGCAGCAGCAGAUGCAACAGUGACAGGAGAAGAUGCUACAGCAGGAGAUGAGCCGGACACAUCCAGUGAGGGGGACCCAGCCGCAAGCUGCAACCCACCUACUUCUGCUGCUGCUGCUCUGAGCAGCAGCAGCGCAUCCACAAAAUGUAUCUGCCUUUUCGGAGCUCGCAGCAACAGCAGCAGCAGCAGCAGCAGGGGAACAACCGAAGAGUGCAAGUGCUGCUGCAGUGACUGCAGCAGCAACAACGAGAGUCCAUCUGUAGCAGCAUCAGCUGGAUGCAGUAGCAGCAGCAGCAGCUGCUGCUGCUGCAGCAGCUGUAGCAACUGCUGCAGUGUUGAGCUGCGCUACAGUGAAGGCCCCAGGAUAAGCGACUUGUGCUGCAUUCAGCGGCAUCCGCACCCGCAUCUGCAGCAGCUGCGGAAGCAGCAGCGGCUGCUGCUGGUUACUUCUGAAGGGGGAUUGGUUUCCGUGACAAGACACACCAAAAGAAACAUCAGCAGCAACAGCAGCAACAGCAGCAACAGCACCAGCAGCAGUAGCAACGUGGUGCAGGUGAAGGGUGUACGAGUUGGCUGCAGCGGCUGCGCAUACACCGCAGCAGCAGGAGAUUCAUACGCCCUUAUUGCUACUUCUUGUGGUAUCUUUGGUUGGGGGAUAUGCAGCAAAGGGGAGCUUCUGCAGCAGCAGAUGCUGCUGCAGCAGCCGCACCAGCAGAUGCAACAGCAGCAGAAGGGUGUAAAGUGGUGUUUAGUACCUCGUUUCCUGGUGCCUGUGCGUCUCCGCCGCAGUGUUGCUGCUAUAAGCUGCAGCACGCAGCACGUUGCAGCCGCAGCAGCAGACGGUAGCUGCUUUACAUGGGGCAGCAACUUAUGUGGGGAGCUAGGUAUCGGCAACACCAGCGGUUUGUUGCUGCAGCCGCAGCAGCUGCUGCUGCAGCAACCUGUUAUCCAAGUUGCUGCAGGAGAGGGAUUCACAGUUGUUCUUACCGCGCUUCCUUCGGCUGCUGAUGCUGCAAGUGCUGACCCUUCUGGUGUUGCUGCCCCUGCUGCUGAUGCUACAGUAGCAACAGCAGCCGCAGUAGGUUCUGUCUGGGCCUGGGGCCUGAACUGCUACGGCCAGUUGGGGCUUGGUGACACAAUGCCCCGCUAUUCGCCACAGCAGAUCUUGCAUGCAUCCUACAGCAGCAGCAGCGGCAGCAGUAGCAGCGACAGCAGCAACGACAGCAGCGACAGCAGCAACGACAGCAACGACAGCAGCAGCAGCAGCAGCUGUUUGAGCAUAAAAGCAACACAAUCACUUCCUCCAGUUCUGCAGGUUGCUGCAGGAGAUGGUUUUGCUGCGCUUCUAACACACGAGGGCGUGCUUUUACUGCAGGGACGCCCUCCCUCGAGGUGUACAGACACUACACUGCAGCAAGUCUGCAGCAGAAGCAGCAGCAACAGCAGCACCAAUUACAGCAUCGGCUGCUGCUGCUGUCAGAACGGCAGUAGCAGUUGCACUGGGCUUCUCGCUGCUUCCAGCAACAUGACUGUCCCCACGGAGCUGGGUUUUGGGAAUAGCUUCCCGCUGCGCUUCUCUCGCGUUGCAUGCGGGGCAUCGUCGCUGGUGGUGUUUGCUGCUGCACAGCUGCAGCAAGUGCUGCCGCAGCUGCUGCCGCUAGGGGGUGGGGGGCGGCUGCUGCUGCGGGUCAGCGGCCUCCCAAGGAUUCAAAAGCAGCAGCAGCAGCCCGAGGAGCAGCACGUUUGCUGCAGCUGUUGCUGCUGCGAUAAACGUGGGCAGACAACGCCAGAAGAAAGCAGCAAGAGGCCGGCGAGACAGCCCGCGCUGCUGCUGCUGCGGCUGCUGUCCACCCCGAACAGUCGGCAGCAGCCGCAACAGGAGCAAGAGCAGCGGCAGGAAGAAACUGUGGAGGUGCUGUUGAAGGCUUGGCUAGUUGGCGAAGGGGAAGUUGUUUGCUCCAGUCCUGUGCUACGGGCAGCGAAGGAGACAGCCAGCUUUAGCUGCUGCACCUCCUUGUUUGAUGCAGAUGCUGCUGCUGAGUCGUCUUCACCUAUUAACCAUAGAUGUUCUUGGGACGAAGCAGCAGCAGCUGCUGCAGCUGAUAGUCCUGCUGCUGCUGCUUCUACAGUUGACGGCGCUGCUGCUGCUGCUGCGGACGGUGGCUGUGCGGGAGUGAAUGGAGAGGAACCACCGCAGCAGCAAGAGUUGCAGCAGCAGCAGCAGCAGCAGGAUUCGCAGCAGCACUGCACAGGGUGGGUCUUCUUCGGUGGCGGCGCUGCUGCUCGGCUGCGACGGGCAGCAACAGCGAGCCAAUACAUCAAGACUCUUCCCGCUGCUGCCGCUGCUGCUGCUGCCCCAGGAGAGUGCUGCAGCAGCUACCCAGUGCUACCACUAGGCCCUCGAGGGGGUGUCCCAUUGGAGAUUUUAUUGGAUCGGCCGAUCCCCGAGGGAGUCAACUGCGAAGGGGCGACAGUUCGCUUCUCCGUCUCUUUGGAGUCCUCCGAGCAGCAGCAGCAGCAGCAGCAACAACAACAACAACACCGACAACAACAACAACAGCAACAACAACAACAGGGGGAAGAAGAUGGCAGCUGGGGGUGGGAGUGUUUUACUGGUUCUAGUAGUUUAAUGAGUUUAUUAUCUCCUUCAUCAUUUACGGUGUCUCCUCCUGUUGGCCCCUCGGGGUGUCUCCUUUCUCUCUCCAUAACAACACCGCAGCUUCAGUCCUUAAGUCCUACCGUGCUGCAACGCUUGGAAGACCACAUGAACAACAGCAGCAAUAGCAAAAGCGGCAGCAGCAAAAGCAGCAGCGGUUGCUGCUGUCUUGUUGUUCAUCCUGAUGGCAAUCAGCAGCGAAUUGAUGCUGCGAUAAGAAAAGGAAAGGUGGAGAUAAGCAUCCCUCCUAUAUUUCUUGAGCCAGAGGAGACAACAGGAGAAGACCAGCAGCAGCAACCACAGCAGCAACAACAGCAGCAUCAACAGCAGCAACAACAGCAGCAGCAACAGCAGCAGCAACAACAACAACAACAACAGCAGCAACAACAGCAGCAGCAGCAGCAUGAGCAGCAACCCGCCGAAGAACAGAACACAUUUAAGUGCAGCAGCAACGGGGUGUAUACGCUGCAACUAUUUCUUUCCUUUAAUGGCAUCGAGUUUAGCAGCAAACCAACAAUCUUUGAGGUGUAUAGGCAGCUUCAAGCAGACCAACUGCUGCUGUUUACAAUACCCAAUCCACCUGCUGCUCCUGCUGCUCCUGCUGCUGCUACAGAGCCCGAACCCUCAGAAAUCGCUGCUGAACCUAGUGAAGAGGCAGCAGAAGGAUCAAUGUUAGCAGAAGCAUCUGCAGCUGCAUCAGCAGCAGCAGCUGCUGCUGCUGCUAUUGCCGGUGCAGAUGUGCAGCAAGUUGAUGACGAGGCAGUGUUGAGUAGCGGGACUUUUGCUGCCGUGCUGCUGGAGUGUGGGGUGACUGUACACUUUCCUUGCUUCCGGCUAACUGUAUUACCAGAGGCUCCUCCUGCUGGUCCAGCUGCUCCUGCUGCUGCUGCUCCCCACCACCGCGCCAGCAGCCACACCGCCGCCCCCCGUGAGAGUAGUGCGGCUCCCUCGAGCCAUUCAGCUGCUGCAACGUCCGGUGCAGCAGCAGCAGCAACAGCAGGAACGUCAUCGACGGCGGCAGCAGCUGCAACAGCAGCAGCAACUGCUGCUGCUGCUACUGCUGCAGCGGCAGGUGGCAUGGAUGCUUCUGCAAAGGGAGAAGGGGAGGAACCCGCCCCGCUGCAACUGCUGCUCCCUGCUGCCUGCAGCAGCAAAGUGCAGCAGCAGUUAGCAGCCCUCUUUGAAUCCAACAGCCUCCGCUGCAACAACAAACGGGGUGCCUCACGAGACCGAACAGGAAGAAACAACACGAAGAAGACAGCUGCUGCUGCACCAGGGGGAGGGGCCCCCAAGGGUGCUGCUGCUGCUCCUUCUGGUGCUGCAGCAGGCAACAAAGCAGCGACUAGCGACAAGCAGCAAAAGCAGCAGCAACAGCAAAAAUCAGGGAAGGGGCAGCAGCAGCAACAGCAGCAGCAGCAACAGCAGCAGCAGCAGGAGCAGCAGCAGAAACCAGAAACUCCGGAGGAGAAUCUCCAGAAAGUCAUCGUGUGCGAGCUGCCAGUGUUAAAGGGCAGCAGCGAGGGUCAUAGCCUCUGCACUUUAGAGUUGUCAAUCGACGGCCUUCAUUUUGUCCCCGUGGCAAGUGGAAGGACUCUGAAACUUAAGAGUAAGUGCAGCAGCAGCAACAACAACAAGCAGCAGUAG